AAUUUCCUUCUUCAUACCGGAGCCGAAACAUCCUUGGCUCGGCUUGUGUUCUCUUGUUUUCCUCGCGGAUGUAGCUCCUCGCUGGGGCCCGUGGAGAGCCGGGCGGGAGGAGGGGUAGUGAUGUGGCCGCGAGGACCGAGGCGGAGCGAUCUGCGCGAUUACAAAGAACACCGAGACCUUAGCUUCCGAACUAGCCCGGGCCAGCUCGCGUUCGGUGGCUCGGCGCGUGUUCGUGCUAUGUUCGACGCUAGGCUAGCAACAGAAUUUUUUUUUUCUAAAACUGCUAAGUCGAUAUAUACUCGUGCGCGAGAAUGGAGAAGAAAAGGUGGGAUUGUACUGCUCUUCCCAAGGGCUGGAAAAUGGAAGAAGUGACCAGAAAGUCGGGUUUGUCCGCCGGAAAAAGCGACGUCUAUUAUUUUAGGUACUUCAACAACGGCAGAAUUGUGUUCUCCUUUAGCAGAGGGGACGAGCCAGAUGAGGAACAGAGGCAAGAGAGGGGGGAGGCGGGUCGGUUGUAUAGUUUGUGUCCAUCUGGCAAGAAGUUCCGGAGCAAGCCUCAGCUGGCUCGUUACCUCGGCAACCAGAUGGACCUGAGCUCAUUCGACUUCCGCACAGGGAAGAUGCUGAUGAGCAAGCUGAACAAGAACCGCCAGCGGAUGCGCUAUGACAACAACAACCAGAACAAGGGUAAACCCGACCUCAACACAUCACUUCCAGUCAGACAGACAGCCUCCAUCUUUAAGCAGCCUGUUACCAAGGUUACCAACCAUCCCAGCAACAAAGUCAAGACAGAUCCACAGAAAGCUGUGGACCAGCCCCGUCAGCUAUUUUGGGAGAAGAAGCUAAGCGGUCUGAGUGCAUACGACAUUGCAGAAGAGUUGGUGAAAACGAUGGAGCUGCCUAAAGGUCUCCAAGGUGUGGGACCAGGUUGCACAGACAAGACACUUUUGUCGGCCAUCGCCAGUGCGCUCCACACCAGCGCCGCACCCAUCACCGGACAGCUGUCGGCUGCCGUGGAGAAGAACCCGGGCGUAUGGCUCAACACCACGCAGCCGCUUUGCAAGGCCUUUAUUGUCACCGAUGAGGACAUCAGGAAGCAGGAGGAGCUGGUAUACAGCGUGAGGAAGCGUCUGGAGGAAGCGCUAAUGGCUGACAUGUUAGCGCAUGUAGAGGAAGCGGCGGCCGGCGAGGCCGACUCCAUCAAGGAUGAAGGCAAUGGCAGCGAAGACAUGGAGAGCGUAUAGCGCAAGUGCCGCGAGCCCAGGCGGCAACUUGUAUCUUUUUCCCAGGUCUUCAUCUUCUUCAUGGACAUUGGACAAGCCCUGCCUUUAUCCUGACGAGCCUUUCCCUGCAUCUCCGCCCCUCACAUAAGCAGACUAAUUCAACUGUGGUGUCCGUUAUGGCCACUGGAGGGCAGCAACACGUGAAAUUGAUCCCUUAACCAAAACAGGAAGUGACAUAAUCCAGAACUUUUCACAGCAGAAAUGUCACAUUCAGUGUUGGAUGAACGUUUUUACAUCAAAUUAUUAUUUUUUUCUUUCCUCCUUGGAAGUCGUGUCAAUGAAAUGUUUGGGUGCUUACUAAAAUUUAAGAAAAUUGUAAAGAUGAUGCAUUUCUUUGCCAUUUUAAAUUUUAACCGUGCCCUGUGUGCACCAUAAAAUGAGGCAGCGGUUAACUAAAAGUUGUCGCACGGUCAUCAGUGUUGGCAUCAUCAUGCUUGUACAAAAUUUUGUGCUUGUGUGUUUUUUAAACAUAAAUGUCAUGGUGGCCACAUACACAACUGGUGUCAAAAUUACGGUUGAUACCGUUUGUAAUGUCACUAAUAUUUGAUGGGAUGAUGUUCUGUUUGUUUUUUUAAAGGCUAUUUUGUUGAUGUUUAAAUUUUUAAAAAAUAUUAAUUCAUGCUGGAAAUUGUCUGUUAAUAUCAACAGGCUAGAUGCUGAAAAAAAUUGAUUGUAUUGCUGAAUAAAAGUCACUAUGCCGUGAA